GUCCACUUCUUGAUCACUUCCGACAUACAUCUCUCUCGAUUUAUAUAUCUAAGUCAUUUGUUUUACCAAAAUAUACAACAUAAUUUUAUUCAAAUAAUUUAAUUAGUUAUUAAUUGAAAUUAAACAAAUUCGUAUUUGUUACAUUUAAUAAAAAUAAAAAUUUGAUUAAAAAAAUGGCAACGUAUCAAAAUGGACGUAAGAAUAAACCCUUAGAUAUAGUUAUCGUGGGAGGAGGUUUGGUCGGAUCACUGGAAGCUUUGUAUUUGGCCAAGAGGGGUCAUCGCGUACGCCUAUACGAGUAUCGUGAAGACAUUCGAAAUACCCCAACUGCCAGGGGUAGAUCUAUUAACUUGGCAUUAUCAGUUCGCGGGCGGAAGGCACUGAGAGGUGUCGGUUUGGAGCAGCAAAUGGUACAAGAACAUGGCAUUCCUAUGGUCGGACGGUAUAUACACAGGCUUGAUGGAUCCACGUAUAUCAUACCUUAUGACUCUAGGACUAAUCAGUGUAUUUAUUCCGUCGGCAGAAACUUCUUAAAUUGUCUACUAUUAAAAGAAUCAGAGAAAUACAAAAAUGUUGAGAAACAUUUUAAUCACAAAUUGAUCAACACAAAUCUUCAAAAGGGUUUACUAACAUUUCAAAAGACGCAGACAAAUGAAACAGUAGAUGUGAAUGCAGAUUUAAUAAUUGGUUCGGACGGUGCGUAUUCCGCAGUCCGAAAAGCAAUGAUGAAGGAGCCACUAUUUGAUUAUAGUCAAAAAUACAUUGAACACGGUUAUAUGGAAUUAUGCAUACCACCGGGUGAUGAUGGCGAGUUUCAGAUGCCUUCGCAGUAUUUACAUAUUUGGCCGAGGGGUAACUUCAUGUUGAUUGCUUUACCAAAUCAAGAUCGUACAUGGACUGUCACACUUUUCAUGCCAUUUGCUAAAUUCAAUGAAAUUGAUUCGGAUGAGAAGCUUUUGAAUUUCUUUGGAAAAUAUUUCUCUGAUGCAAUUCCUUUAAUUGGGAAAAAGAAAUUGAUGGAGGACUUCUUUUCUGGAUCAGCUUUACCUUUAGUUUCUGUAAAGUGUCGACCGUAUCAUGUUAAAGACAAAGCUCUUCUAAUCGGCGAUGCCGCGCAUGCUGUCGUACCAUUCUACGGACAAGGAAUGAACUGUGGAUUCGAGGAUUGUACGAUUCUAGAUGAAUUAUUUCAAAAACACAAUGAUAACCUUAAAAAUAUCCUAGACGAAUUCUCCGCUACAAGAUGGGUCGAUGUGUUUGCUAUUAGUGAUUUAGCUAUGUAUAAUUAUGUGGAGAUGAGAGAUUUGGUGACUCGACCAUCUUAUCUGUUUCGAAAGACGAUUGAUGAUUUUCUAUUUUGGCUGAUACCAAAUUUAUGGGUACCAUUAUAUAAUUCGGUGUCUUUUACUAAUAUGCCAUACAGUCAAUGCGUGAAAAAUCGACAGUUUCAAGACAAGAUUUUUAAAAUGGUUAUCGCAAUCGUGGGACUCCUGACAUUUGGUGGAAUUCUGUAUUUAUCUUUAUUAUAAAAUUAAAACAUAAAUAAAA